AUGGGCCUUUUUCAAUGGAUACUGCUGUUUGGAGUUAUGGAUGUUACAGUCAGUCAAAAUGCAGCCGUAACUUACCAAUAUCCGGUCUGCGACAAGUUUCACACGUACGAAACAGAAUAUAAAACGGGCCAGCUAAGCAGUGUGAAUACUUACCUGUUUGAGGGAUCCCAUCCAUCUGUACAAUGCACACCAAUUAGUUUCAAUGACAACACUUGUACCCAUAUGGAUCUCAACGUCACUGCCGCUGUACACUUUAAAGACUUCACUCUUAGCGUUUUUAUAUACCCGGAGUCCGUCACAGACAAUACCAUCUUUCAUUAUCGCUCUGCAGACUUUGAACAACAUUUUGUGCUUGGUGUUAAAAACGGAAUACCAUAUUUGUAUAUUUACAAAAAUGAGAUUCUAGUUAGUGAAGGAAAAAUGGAUCAAGAUAAGAUUACGAUCACAGCUACCACUGCGAGCACGACUUGUUCCCCGUUCAACAGAAACGAUUCCCACUUCAAAAAGGCACAUGCGGACCGGGGCUUUAUUCCAAGCAUAAAUCACUUGGACGAGAAAAUUAACACCACCUUAAGAAAGUGCGCUGUCUACUGUGUAAGGCAUCUGAAAUGUGUGUCAUUCACCAUAACCAAGACGGAGGAAGAGUUUCAAACAUGCCGCCUUUAUGAUGUCUACAACAAGGUCUACGUGGAAAAUAUCGCAACGAACACGAACAUGUAUGUCCUAAAUGCAUGUCACUAA